UUUUCGAACAAAUUGAAGGAGAAUCUAGUGUUGAAUUAGGAGAAAGAUUUGAGAAGUUUUGUAUGAAAUGGUUGGAAGGUAGAUUUCUAAGAUGGAGUGCGAAAGUGAUUUGGACUGGUGGUUCUGGUGACGAAGGAAAAGAUAUAGUAAUGGAAAUUUGCGAAUAUACGGCGCACGUUAAUGAAGUAGAAAUUACAAUCAAGAGAGGAAAUAGGGACAUUGAGGGAAUUCGAAAAGGUAAAUUUGAUUUUGGGCUUUUAGUUGGAAUUUAUUCAUAUAGUAUUAGACCCGCGGCACUUAAAGCAGUCGAUUUGUCAGAAGAAAUAAUCAUCGUCACAACAUAUCAUAGAAUGUGCGAUGAAAUAGAAGAA